AGAUGGUAGAGGUCCCCAUGGAGGAGGAGGACGUUGACCCUAAAGACAAGCGUCCUGUAGCUUCCACCCCUGUUCCCGGAUCUCCAUGGUGUGUGGUGUGGACGGGGGACGACAGAGUAUUUUUCUUCAACCCAACGAUACAGCUCUCUGUUUGGGAUCAGCCAGUAGAUCUGAAGGACCGUGGAGAGGAUCUCAACAGGAUUAUAGAAGAUCCUCCACAUAAACGCAAAAAGGAUUCUUUGUCCAAAGACGGUUCUAACUCUCCGUCUGCCGAUGACGAUGAUGUUGAUGAUGAAGAUGAACAUUAUUCAAAAACCAAGAGGAACAAACUGGAGGAACCUGCGGAUGGUAAUGAGGACCUGAGAGAGAGGGCAGGCGCAGAGACAUGUGACUCUCCCCCCCAUCGGACAGUUCUACCCUUAGGGCUCCGCAUCACACACUUCAGGGACAUGCUCCUUGAAAGAGGGGUUUCAGCGUUUUCCACAUGGGAGAAAGAACUGCACAAGAUCGUGUUUGAUCCACGGUAUCUUCUGCUAAACUCUGCAGAGGAGAGGAAACAGGUGUUUGAGCAGUUUGUCAAAGUGAGGAUGAAGGAAGAACACAAGGAGAAACAGAGCAAACUGCUGCAAGCAAAAGACCAGUAUAGAAAACUUCUAGAGGAGUCGAAAAUCACAUCCAGGUCGACUUUCAAAGACUUUUCUGUUAAGUACGGCCGUGACCAGCGCUUCAAGCAAGUGCUGAAGAAGAAAGACCAAGAGCACUUCUUCAACCAAUUCAUUAAUGGGUUAAAGAAGAGAGAUAAAGAGAACCGCAUGAGGCUGAGGAAGAUGAGAUGAGGAGGUAUGAGGCUGAGGAAGAUGAGAUGAGGAAGUAUGAGGCUGAGGAAGAUGAGUUGAGGAGGCAUAAGGCUGAGGAAGAUGAGAUGAGGAGGUAUGAGGCUGAGGAAGAUGAGAUGAGGAAGUAUGAGGCUGAGGAAGAUGAGUUGAGGAGGCAUGAGGCUGAGGAACAUGAGAUGAGGAGGUACAGUAUGACGCUGAGGAAGAUGAGAUGAUGAAGUAUGAGGCUGAGGAAGAUGAGAUGAGGAUGUAUGAGGCUGAGGAACAUGAGUUGAGGAGGCAUGAGGCUGAGGAAGAUGAGAUGAGGAGGUACAGUAUGAGGCUGAGGAAGAUGAGAUGAGGAGGUAUGAGGCUGAGGAAGAUGAGAUGAGGAGGUAUGAGGCUGAGGAACAUGAUGAGGAAGUAUGAGGCUGAGGAAGAUGAGAUGAGGAGGUAUGAGGCUGAGAACAUGAGAUGAGGAAGUAUGAGACUGAGGAAGAUGAGAUGAGGAGGUAUGAGGCUGAGGAACAUGAGAUGAGGAGGUAUAAG